AUGGGUUUCCCCUUCAGUGCCUGCCUUAUGUUCGCCGUCGUCACUGCCCUCUUCCUCUCGGUCGCCGACAAAUCGACAGCUGCCGAAGGGGACUACGUCGUCAAUUGCGGCGACUCCGGCCAGAAAUUCGACACGGACCGCCGCACCUGGACGGGGGACGACAGCUCAAACUUCUCCCGGAGCCAGAACACCCUGGCUGCCGGCGCCGCCACCCAAGCCUCCUCUGUCCCGCAGGUACCCUACAUGACCGCCCGGAUCUUCGCCUCCGAUUCCACCUACUUCUUCCCCAUCUCCCCCGGCCGGAAGUUCGUCCGCCUCCAUUUCUACCCUACCAACUACGGCAACCACACCGCCGGCGACUCCCGCUUCGCCGUCGUCGUCUUCCCCGGGAACGUCACUCUCCUGAGAAACUUCAGCGCCUCCCAGACCGCCCAGGCGCUUAGUGUCGACUAUUUCUUCUGGGAGUACUCGAUCAACGUCACGACAGGCGGUUUUCUGAACCUGACCUUCUCCCCCUCGCCGGACGUCCCCAAUUCCUACGCCUUCGUCAACGGCAUCGAGAUCUUGUCAACCCCGGACAUCCUCGGUUCUGAGAGUUCAUUGCUUGUCGGGAAGUCCACGCAAUACACCGUCGAUCCGAAUGUUGCCUUCCAGACGAUGUACCGGCUGAACGCCGGCGGGAGCCGCGUCCCCCCCCCCAAGGACGCCCAGCUCUUCAGGACAUGGGAGACCGACGAAAAUUACAUAUUUGGCGCGAAGGGCGGGGUGGAGUUCCCCAAGAGCACCAACUUGACGUUCAGUUACGCUGGCGUGCCCAAUUACAUGGCGCCGCAGCUGGUCUACGAGACUGCCCGAAUAAUGGGCGGCGAUGCAAAACUCAACCUCGGCUACAAUCUCACCUGGACAUUUUCAGUCGAUCCGGGCUUCUACUACCUCGUGAGGCUGCACUUCUGCGAGAUCGACGCCAGGAUCACGAGGCAAAACGAGAGGGUCUUCACCAUCUACCUCGAUAAGCAGACGGCGGCGCCGGAUUUCGAUGUGAUCGUUCUAAGCAAGGGCGUCGGCAAUGCGAUCUUCAAGGAUUUCGUCGUGCCGGUUGCCGACGGAACGGAGCAGCGUGAUCUCUGGCUCGAGCUCCACCCUUACACGGUAUUUGGACCAACGUACAACGACGCCAUCCUGAAUGGGCUGGAGAUCUUCAAGCUGAGUUCAGACAACGGCAUUCUGGCUGGGCCUAAUCGAGUUCCCAUGCUUCCGCCGAAUUCGGACGGCGGAGGCGGGGCUCCUCUUCCCAAGGUGGAGGGGGGGAGUUCUAAGAGUAACGUUGCAGCCAUUGGAGGUGCCGUGGGCGGCGGUCUUGCGGUUCUGCUGCUUGUGGGCGCGGUGGUAUUCACGAUGAGGCGCAAAAAGAAGAAGCUCGUCCCGCAGAAGGAAGAGACGAGCACCAGCAAGGGGUCCUCCGGCUGGCUCCCCCUCUCUCUCUACGUCAAGAAAUCCUCCGUCUCUAUCAAGACGAGCGCCUCGCGGAGCUCUGCUUCUCUGCCCGCCAACCUAUGCCGUCACUUCUCAUUUGCAGAAAUCGAGGCCGCCACUAAUGGCUUCCACGAGAGCCUCAUCCUGGGGGUCGGCGGGUUCGGCAAAGUCUACAGGGGCCAGAUCGACGGCGGGUCGACGGAAGUGGCCAUCAAACGUGCCAAUCCCAUGGCGGAGCAGGGUAUACGUGAGUUCCAAACCGAGAUCGAGUUGCUGUCCAAGCUCCGUCACCGCCACCUCGUCUCCCUCAUCGGCUACUGCGAGGAGAACAGGGAGAUGAUCCUGGUCUACGAUUACAUGGCUCACGGCACCCUGAGAGAGCACCUCUACAAGACCCAGAACCCGCCGCUCUCCUGGAAGCAGAGGCUGGACAUCUGCAUCGGCGCUGCCCGCGGCCUCCAUUACCUUCACACCGGAGCCAAGCACACCAUCAUCCACCGCGACGUGAAGACCACCAACAUCCUGCUGGACGAGAAAUGGGUCGCCAAGGUCUCUGACUUCGGCCUCUCCAAGACGGGGCCGACGCUGGAUCGCACCCACGUCAGCACAGUCGUGAAGGGCAGCUUCGGCUACCUGGACCCCGAGUACUUCCGGCGGCAGGUGCUCACGGAGAAAUCCGACGUCUACUCCUUCGGCGUGGUCCUGUUCGAGGUGCUCUGUGCCCGGCCGGUUUUGGACCCGCGGCUGCCCAAGGAGCAGGUGAGCCUGGCGGAGUGGGCUCUCCGCUGCCAGAAGAAGGGCGUGCUCGAUCAGAUCAUCGACCCCUACCUCAGCGGCAAGAUCGCGCCGCAGUGCUUCAAGAAGUUCGCCGAGACGGCGGAGAAUUGCUUGGCCGACCGCGGCGUGGAUCGCCCCUCCGUGGGCGACGUGCUGUGGAACCUGGAGUUCGCUCUGCAGCUCCAGGAGAGCGCGGAUGAGGGGGGGCUCUUCAGCGGGGUCAGCGGCAGCGGCGACGACGUUGCACCGCUAUUGGUGGGGGAAACCCCCCAAUCCUCCGACCCAUCUACGGACUCGCGCAGCACCGGAGUCACCUCUAUCUCGACAUUCAGCAUGGGCGAUCGCAGCAUCAUCAGCGACUCCUCAGAGGGGCUCACCUCGAGCGGCGUGUUCUCCCAGAUCCUGGACCCCAAAGGCCGCUGA